GUUGUUUUCUAAAGAGCAUUUUAAUAAAUUAGAUUCGUAGGAAAGCUCCUGAUUUCACUAUUUGAUUGAUCUAAGUACUUAUAAUCUACCAUGGGUUCCAAAAAACAUAAGAAAGAAUCCAAGAAAAAGAAGCAUAGGAGUCGAUCGCGUUCACCUCUAGACACAGAGGAGAAAGAGCGCAAGAGGCACCACAAGAAGCACAAGGACCGCAAGAAGGACCGUUCCCCUGACGUGGAGGAGGUGCCUCUGGACUCCCACCUGCAGGACAACGGGUCAGAGCGACGCAGCAGCAGCGCCGAGAGGGAGCGGGACAGACGCAAGCGGGACGAGCGCACGAGGGAAAGAGAUGACAGGGACCGCAGCGUGGAGGCGGCGCCCCCCUCGCCCCCCGCGGCGGCCUCGUCCAAUCAGGAGAGCCUCUCGGUGGAGGAGACCAAUCGCCUGCGAGCGAAGCUCGGCCUCAAGCCGCUAGAGGCCGCUGAGAAGCCUACAGAGGACGGCAAGUUCAAGGACGACCUGGGCGAGUUCUACCACGCUCCCGCCGCCAACAUCGCGCAGCAGAAGAAAAGCGAGAAGAUACGGGAGAAACUCAGCGAGAGGAAGGAGAAGAGACUUAUUGAGCAGAAGCUACAGACGGCGGGGCUGGGCGCGGCGGGGUCGGACGACGAGGACGCGGCGGCCUGGGUGCGCAAGUCCCGCGAGAUACAGAAACAGAAACAGGAGGCUGCUAAGAGGGCGGCGAUGCUGGACGAGAUGGACGAGGUGUUCGGCGUGUCGGCGCUCGUGGCCGCCGAGACCCGCGCCGACCGCGCCGCCAGCUACACGCCCGCCCACCUGCGCGGGCUGCGCGUGGCGCACGACCUGGACGCCUUGGAUGAAGAGAGCGAGGUGGUGCUGACGCUGGCGGACAAGGAGGUGCUGGCGGAGGACGCCGAGGACGUGCUCGUCAACGUCAACAUCGUCGACGACGAGAAGUACAAGAAGAACUUAGUGGAGCGCAAGAAGGCUAAGACGGGCUACAAAGCCUACGACGACGAUGAAGACAUGGAGGCCCUGGCGCUGGGCUACAGCAAGCCAGUACUGGCUAAAUACGACGAGGAGAUCGACCAGGGGAAGAGGGCGAAUAAAGAGAAGGGCUUCGUCAUAGGGGAUGAAGACGGGCUUGAAGCGCUCAAGUUUAAACAGGCUAUGCGCCUAAGCCGGCCCGACAGGAUCCUCGAGUCGCUGGCGAUGCCGGCGCCGCGCCUCGCCUCCGCCUACUACGACGAAAGGGAGAUGGAGGCCAAGUUCAAGAAGGUCAAGAGGAAGGGUAAACACCGCAAGCGCGCCAAGCAAGAGCCGAUAGACGUGGACGACUACGAUCCCAACGCGGCGCCCCUCGAGACCGACGACACAGACGUAAAGCCAGAGCUCCUGAAGAAGGAACUAGAAGUGGAUGAAGACGAGGUGGAGCCCGACGGCGAGCUGCAGACCGCUCUGGCCCGUGCGCGCCGCCUGAGGCAGGCCCAGCAGCCCGCGCUGCCCAAGGUGGAAGACAUUCUAUCAGCAGUGAAGGAGGAGCCGCUGCCGGAGCCCGAGCCCGGGUCCAGCAUGACGCUGGACGCCACGGCCGAGUUCUGCCGCACGCUCGGAGACAUACCCACGUACGGGCAGGCCGGGAAUAGGGAUGUGAAGACGGAUAUUAUGGACUUCGAGCGCGAGGAGAUGGAGAUAGAGGAGUCCAUAGAGGAGGACGCGGGCGCGGGCGGCGCGUGGAGCCGCGUGGACGUGCACAGCGACCAGCCGCCCGAUAUCGCCGCCGGUUCAUCAGUAGCCCUGGACGCGGAGCCGGCGCUCGGCUGCGGCGUGGCCGGCGCGCUGCAGCUGGCGCUGAGCAAGGGCUACCUCGAGCGGGCGCCCGCCGCCCCCGCGCCCCGCGCCGCCCCCCGCGCCGCGCUGCACGCCGCCCACUACUCCAUCGAGGACAAGAGUGUCGGUGACGACGACAAGCACGGGCGCCGCGAGCGGGGCGGCUACUCCGGCCCUCUCCAAGACUUCAGAGAGAAGGCCUUCAAGCCGAACAUAAAGCUGGAGUACGUGGACGACGACGGCCGGCCGCUGUGCCCGAAGGAGGCGUUCCGCUACCUGUCGCACAAGUUCCACGGCAAGGGGCCCGGCAAGAACAAGCAGGAGAAGCGGAUCAAGAAGGCUGUGCAGGAGGGGCUGAUGAAGAAGAUGAGUUCCACGGACACGCCGCUGAACACGCUGGCGCUGCUGCAGGAGAAGCAGAAGGAGACGCACUCCGCCUACAUCGUGCUCAGCGGCGCCAAGAAGGACCCGCCCGCCUAGACGUAGCGGGGCUACUACCACCGACCCGCUUGCGUAGACCAGAGCCGUUAGCCUAGCACAUAUCUACCAGAACAGUGGGGUUACCACGGAACAUUAGCAAUUGAAAGUCCAUAAGCUGCGUCGCUCGUUUGUAAAAUCUGACGUAACUUUUAUGAAUACAGGGUGUUGCAAAAAAGGGUAUACUAAACCAAAAGGGGGUCAUUAUGAACAACCUUUGUUGUACAGUUUUGAAAAUUCACGGAAAAAAAUCGUUUUCCAUAGAAACUGUAUUGGUAACGACUUUUACUAUGGAGAACUAUUUUUUUACAAAAUUUGUUCAGAAUGACUCCGUGAGUCACCUCCAUUCGACUUCCCCUUUUUGCAUGUAUGACAGAUGUUUGAAAAGCAAGCGACGCUGCUUAUGGAUUGUUAAUUGCUAAUGUGUCGAUGAUGCUACGGUAGCAGUACAGAGUAAUGUGACAUGUCUAACAGAUCCAGUACGUGAAAGUAUGAAUUUAUGUUUCCCCCACUUGAUUUUGAUACACUUUCCAUUAUAAUUACCAAUACGUAUUUGCAGUUCAAAGUUCAUUUAAAACACUGCAGCUGGCAUUUUACUAUCAGUUUUUUAAGAAAUAGCCCAUGUAUUUUUUUGCGUUACCAUUUUAAUAAAAGAUUAUUGUCUACACUACAAGUGUUUUAGAUUACAGUCAGGAUAACAACUAAUUUCUGUUUUGAUGCACAUGUAGAUGUCGCGAAAAUACCUAAAUAAAUGCAGAAUUACUAACAAAAAA